AUGGAGAACGAAGUUAUGUCUUCUGCAAGCUCUUCCUCACCCCAACCCGAAACCAGCAAAGACACUAUCGUGGCCGUGGAGGAGUCCAACGAGAAGGCAACGGAGAACAACAACAAUCUGAGCCUAGUGCCUUCUGACCAGGAGGUUAUGUCUGAAAGGAGGAGUGAGAACCCUAGUCUCGGGUCUGAAAGGGGGAGUGAGAACCCUAGUCUCGGGUCUGGUGCUGUCCGAACAGGUACAGAGAUGACGAUGCUUUACCCAUCAAGAUCUAAUAAGAUCUACACUUGUCAGUUUUGCAGUAAAGGGUUCUCAACCACCCAAGCCCUAGGUGGCCACCAGAACGCGCACAAGCAUGAUCGUGAGUGGGAAAAGAAGAGGAAGGAGAUGGAAGAAGACUUCCCCGGACUCUCCUUUUUGAACCGUUACAUUGACAAGCCUCACUUGCUCCUAGGUGGGUAUUCAGAAGAUGCUUUAUCAAAUGAUAAUCAUCUUGGGAUCACUCUUGAAUCUUUCAAACGUAGAGGAAGCGGCGGCGUUUACCCAUCAUUCAAUAGCGGAGUCGGCCCCAUGAACAUGAUUGCUCCUCGCAUGGCUCCUACUCGCUUCUUCACAAGGAACACUUUUACCGAUGGUUCCUCUUCAAGGGGACUUGGGCCCAGACCCACCUAUGCCCCGAUGUUCCCUAGAAACGUUCCUCCUUUUCUUCGUCCUCGAUCCACCAAUCUUCCUAGAAAUUUGUAUCCGCAAGGGAAUCGUGUGGGCGAGAAGGACAACGUUGUGGUGAUUGAUGAUGAUGAUGAUGAGCCAGAUGAAGAUAACCCUAAAAGCUGGGAUAUAGUUCACUUCACAAUCCGGAAAAAAAAACUAAAGAAAAAAGAAUUUGUAAUGGAGAACCAAGUUGUGUCUUCUGCAAGCUCUUCCGCACCCCAACCCGAAAUUUGCGAAAGCAUUAUCGUGGCUGUUGAGGAGUCCAAGGAGAAGGCAGCGGAGAACAACAAUCGGGGGCAAGAGAAUCCACUGAGCGAAGAGGACAACGUUGUGGAGAUUGAUGAUGAUGAUGAUGAUGAUGAUGAUGGUGAUGAUGAGGCAGAAGAAGCUGGCGGUACCCUUCUCUCUGAAGGUUGUUUGACUCUUUUUCAUUUUAUUGUAUAUCGUUUUAAACGUUCCUGUGUCUGCAUCUUCUCUCGUUACAUCUAAUUGUGUUUUG